UUGCCAAAUUCAACAUUCUCAUACAAGCCACCCCACUGCCCAGCACGAUCUCUCUCUCUCUCUCAAACACGCAGGACGCAGCUAUCAAUUCAUCUCCCAGCUGUGGAUCGCUGCAACUUGCCGGACUCAGGCGUUUUCAUGGAGUUUUAGGAGCCUUAUACACAUAUCUUCUACAUUUAUAAGUUCUGUUGGCUCGUUCCAGGCUCUUAAAACUCCAACCUUUUGCUUAUUUUCAAGGUAUUAUGGGAGAAAUGUCAAGGUUUCAGUUAGGUGUUAUUGGUGCACUGUUUCUUUCAGUGGCAUCAUCUGUCUCCAUUGUCAUUUGUAACAAAGCUUUGAUGAGCAAUCUCGGCUUCCCUUUUGCAACAACGUUGACCAGUUGGCAUCUGAUAGUAACAUUCUGCACUCUUCAUGCUGCACGAAGAUUCAACUUGUUUGAAAACAAAUCAGUUGACAUGAAAACUGUGAUGCUCUUUGGCAUUCUCAAUGGCAUUUCUAUUGGACUUCUUAAUUUGAGCCUUGGAUUCAACUCUGUUGGAUUCUAUCAGAUGACCAAACUUGCAAUUAUACCAUUCACUGUGUUACUGGAAACAAUCUUCCUGAAAAAGCAAUUCAGCCAGCAGAUAAAAUUGUCCCUCUUGGUGUUGCUGCUUGGGGUUGCCAUUGCUUCUGUUACUGAUCUCCAGCUCAAUAUUCUGGGCACAAUCGUCUCUCUGCUUGCCAUUGCAACCACCUGUGUUGGUCAAAUUCUCACUAACACAAUACAAAAGAGGCUGAAUGUCUCAUCCACACAGCUGCUCUAUCAGUCAGCUCCAUUUCAAGCUGCUGUUCUUUUUGUGUCAGGCCCUUUAGUCGAUCAGCUCCUCACCAAACAAAAUGUCUUUGCUUUCAAAUAUUCUCCUAUAGUUUUGGCAUUUAUCAUCCUUUCAUGUAUUAUAGCAGUUUCUGUGAACUUCAGCACAUUUUUGGUUAUUGGCAAGACCUCCCCAGUUACAUAUCAAGUACUUGGGCACCUCAAGACCUGCCUUGUUCUUGGCUUUGGCUAUACACUUUUACAUGAUCCUUUCACAGAGAGGAACAUUAUUGGAAUUGCAGUUGCCAUUUUUGGUAUGGGAUUGUAUUCAUAUUUCUGCACUCAAGAGAAUAAAAAGAAACAAUCUGGCGAUUCAUUGGCCUCUCAGAUGAAAGAUCAUACAGAGACAACAGCACUUUUGGGUCAUCAAGAAAAAGAAGGCCAUGAAGUUAAGAAAGCAGUUAAGGAUUCUCUUGUUUGAGUGAUUAAAGAUUUUCAUGGCUUCUGGAAAUUGCACUUUGGUUGAGUCUAAAUGAUUUUAUUCUUUAAAUAAUUAAUUAAAUUCUCUCUUUUUUUAA